AUGGCGGACCUAGCCGCCAAGCUUGCUCAGCUGGAGCUCAGCGUGCAGGAGCAGGGGGGGGUCGUGCGGCAGCUCAAGGCGGACCUCAAGGAGGGCAAGGUCGAGAAGGCGGCGGUGGACGAGGGGGUCAAGAAGCUUCUAGCGCUCAAGAAGGAGGUCGAGGACGCCAAGGCGGCCGCCGAGUCCGGCGGCGCCGCCGACAACGCCGCGCCUGCCGCCGGCGACCAGGUCAUCACGCCGUGGGACGUGACGGGCGGGACGGACGGCCGCAUCGACUACAACAAGCUCGUGCACCAGUUCGGCUGCCAGCAGAUCGACCAGGCGCUCAUAGACCGCGUCGAGCGCGUCACGGGCGUGCGCGCGCACCCCUUUUUGCGCCGGGGGGUGUUUUUCGCCCACCGCGACCUCAAGGAGCUGCUCGACGCGUACGAAAAGGGCGAGAAGUUCUACCUCUACACCGGGCGCGGGCCGUCGUCCGAGGCGCUCCACCUCGGCCACCUCGUCCCCUUCAUGUUCACCAAGUGGCUACAAGACGCGUUCAAGGUGCCGCUGGUGGUGCAGCUGACGGACGACGAGAAGUGCCUGUGGCGCGCGCUGGAGCACGACGAGGCGCUGAGGCUCGCGAAGGAGAACGCGCGGGACAUCGUCGCGUGCGGAUUCGACCCCGCGCGGACCUUCAUCUUCUCGGACUUCGAGUUCAUGGGCGGCCCCUUUUACCGCAACGUCAACCGCAUCGCGCGCAUGGUCACGUUCAACCAGACGCGCGGGAUCUUCGGCUUCGCGGGCGAGACGAACAUCGGCAAGAUCAUGUUCCCGGCCAUCCAAGCGGCGCCGGCGCUGCCCGACACGUUCCCGCACAUGUUUGGCUCGAACAAGCGCGUGCGGUGCCUGAUUCCGUGCGCGAUCGACCAGGACCCGUACUUCCGCAUGACGCGCGACAUCGCGCCGAGGCUCGGCUACCACAAGUGCGCGCUCAUCGAGUCGAGGUUCUUCCCGGCGCUCCAGGGGGAGUCUGGGAAGAUGUCUGCCAGUGACAGCAACUCGGCGAUCUUCGUGACGGACACGCCCAAACAGAUCAAGACCAAGAUCAACAAGUACGCCUUCUCCGGCGGACAGGCGACGGUGGAGGAGCACCGUGAGAAGGGCGGCAACCUCGAGGUGGACGUCCCGUACAAGUACCUGAACUUCUUCCUGGACGACGACGAGAAGCUGCAGCGGAUCGCGGAGGAGUACAGCAGCGGGCGGAUGCUCACGGGCGAGAUCAAGGCCGAGCUGAUCGCGGUGCUGACGGACCUGACCCGCGCGCACCAGGAGAAGCGCGCCGCCGUGACGGACGAAGUGCUGGCGCAGUUCAUGACGCCGCGCCCCAUGGAGAACCUCUGGGGGUGA